CUUCCGGUCGAGUGCGGCUUUCCCUUUCUCUUCCCUCUGGGAAAAAGUAUAUAUUCACGGACUGCCAUCGUCUAAACCCCUCCCAUAACGAUAUAUCCACCCUCUCCUAAGGAUAUCCGACCACCAUGAACCCUGCCACCCGCUGCGGCUCUUUCCUCGCUACCCGUCCCGCUAGGGCAAUCCUCUUGCUGUUCGUCAUCGGCGUCCUUCUGCGCUCCCUCUUUCUCGCUACAACAACAACAACAACCGCCCCGAAUUCUAUUCGUCUCUCAAACAGUAAUAACAACGCUGCCGCCGCUGCCGCUAUUCCACCAUCACACCAUGGUCCCGGUGUCGUGUCCGAGAAGACUGUUUCCCAUGGGACGUUGGUAGUUCCUCCUUCAAGUGCUGGCGCUGGGAGUGCGGACCCGUUUCCUUCGAAAUUGACAAAUGAUAGGCCCGUGAUUCUCAAGGCUUGGUACAGGGAUGGGGAAGCGAAACUAGAUGUGACGAGAGCAGUGAAAAAGUUGCAUAUCGGUCGUCGACUGCGAAUUUCAACACAAGUUAAUCUUUAUGAACAUUUCGGGGACGCAAAAGCGUUGGCCCUCGACGUUACUUACAGUUACCGCGGGAUCGACACGACCCAGUCCGUUGACGUCGUCACAAAAGCGGAAGGUCUCGUCUUCCUCAAAACCGACCUGAUCAUCCCGCCCAACCUAGUCGACGAUGACAUGCCGGAGAAAAAUGUCGGGCUCCAUACCGUCCUCAACACCCUCCGCGGCAAAAACGGAUUAGAGAUCGGUGGAUCAUCAGACCCGUUCCGCAACGUACUUCCUAUCUAUAGCGUCAUUUCGUCGCUUGACAAUUCCAACUUUGCUGCAACAACGCUGUGGGAGAAUGAGCUGAAGGACGGCCAGAAGACCUUCCAGUGGCAUCCCAAUAAGGAGAUGGGCGUCCAGCAUGUCGUCGAUGUCACCGAUAUGUCGAAGCUCCGUGCGAUUGGAAAACCUUAUGACUUUGUAGCCGCUUGCCACAUGCUGGAACAUAUCGCCAACCCGCUUCGCGCUGUCACUCAAAUGGUUUCCGUCUUGAAACCGGGCGGCCAUCUCUUCUUAGUGCUCCCGUACAAGAAACUCUGCUUCGAUCAAUACCGAGACUACACGCCCAUGUCGGACCUGCUCUCCCACUACGAGCGCGGAACACAGGAGCACGAGCCAAGCGAGCACUUUGAUGAAAUCAUGAUGCUGCAUGAUCUCUCAAUGGAUGCGCCUGCAGGCACGUUGGCGCAUUUUAGGUCUAGGAGUUUGAGGAAUGAGGAUGUUCGCGGCAUACAUCAGCACGUCUUCAGCUACGAACUCCUCGAGCAAGUCUGCAAAUGGGCCGGCUUGAACCUCGUUGUCGUCGACCGAAUCCAUCUGCACAUGUUUGUUCUGUGUCAGAAACCCGCGGCGUAAAAAUGAGGGAAUGUAUACCUCCAACGUCAUCCACGGCAACAAUGGGGUGGCGGGGCUGCUCACGUCGGAGAUGAACAGGGAGGAGGAGGUGACAUGCGGACGUAUCUAGGAGUAGGAACAUAUAGAAUAGACGCACCAGGAAUAGGUGAACGGCACUCAUCUAUGCCAGGCGCCAGCUUCGAAA